AUGUCAAGACAACCUAAUGUAGAUUUACAGAUGUCUUCUAUGAAGAAUCCAUCGCCUUUGGGGGGAGGUUUCGGCUCGAGUGGUGGUCCAGGAAGUUUCACGCCCGUAUUCGAAACUUCACCUCAAGUUUCUCCAGCCAACUCCCGAAGACCCUCUAUCUCAGCUGCAGCAGGAAGUAUUCAAACACCGGUCCCAAGGAGAUUAUCAGAAGUAGCUUCAGGUAGACCAUCUUUCUCCCAACAAGCACCUCCACCGAUGAGCCAUCAGGUGUCGUACUUUUCUGGAGGUGGUGGCCCCCCUCCAACCACUGGUGGAAGUGUUGUUCAAGGCGGUGGUGGUGGAUACUCUGGUGGAGCAUCGUUAUCAAGAAGAGCAUCGACUGCCUCUCACAUGUCAUCUGGACCUCGACCAAUCCAAAGAGCCGACUAUUCCGGUCCCAACACUCCUUCCCUCCUUUCCCGAGCGGGUUCACCGACUCUUCCACUAGGUAACGAACAUACCACCGCUCCCCGAGCUUACUUUGAAGGUGCAGGUGGUUUUAGUGGAUUGGACGGUAAUAGAGAGUUGAGACAAGGUCAAUUUAUAGGUUCUUUAGAUUGUGGUACAACUUCAACCCGAUUCAUCAUCUUUGAUAAAAGAGCCAAGAUUAUCGCAGAACACCAAACUGAAUUUGAACAAAUCUUGCCUCAUGCGGGAUGGCACGAACAUGAUCCUGAAGCCCUCGUUGAUGCUAUGACGGAAUGUAUCAACAAAGCCGUUGAGAAGUUGGAAUGGAUGGGUUGGUCAAGAAAGAGUAUAAAGGGUAUUGGUAUCACCAAUCAAAGAGAAACAACCGUCUGUUGGUCCCGAACUACCGGUAAACCAUUAUGUAAUGCUAUUGUAUGGGAUGACUCUCGAACCCUAGGUGUAGUCAGAGAAUACGAAAAGAAGCUGGAAGAAGAGGGACUAGACAUAGAUGACGAGGAAGAGGAUCUUAAAGGUGUACCUGAAGAUGUAGAGAUUGGUACAGGAGGUGAAGAUGCUGCCUUUGGCGAGAAAGGUGAUGUAGUUGUAGAGAAUGCAGAUGGACAAGUCGAGAGUAAAGGUGAUGGUUUAGCUGAGAAAGUCGGUGCGAAAUUAGAGAAUCUAGGCUUAGCUCAGAAGGACAAAGAAGCUAAGAAAGGUCAAGCUAAUGGCAAUGCCGAUGUUCAUGUGCAUAAGAAAAGAAAGGGUAAAGAAGGUAUCGUCGAUGUCACCGGUAUCCCCCUCUCUACCUAUUUCUCAGCUAUCAAGCUUCGAUGGAUGUUAGAUCACCAGAAACAAGUCCACGAAGCUCACGAGAACGAUGAUCUAAUGUUCGGUACUGUGGAUACGUGGCUCGUAUAUGCACUUACUGGUAGAGAACAAGGUGGUCUUCAUAUCAUGGACGUUACCAACGCUUCUCGAACCCUGUUGAUCUCCUUGAAGACCUUACAAUGGCAUCCACCGUUAUUACGAUUCUUCGGUAUUCGACCAUCGGUCUUACCCAAGAUUGUUUCUUCCUCAGAGAUUUACGGUACAAUAUCCGAAUCGAUCGGUACUCCACUCACAACAGUACCUAUAGCAGGUAUAGUAGGAGAUCAACAGGCCGCAUUGGUAGGAAACAAAUGUUUGAGGAAAGGUGAAGCGAAAUGUACUUAUGGUACUGGUGCUUUCGUCCUAUUCAAUACUGGCGAAGAAUGCGUUAGAUCAAAUUACGGAUUAAUCUCUACUGUCGCUUUCCAAGCUGGUCCAGAUGCUAAACCGGUUUAUGCUUUGGAAGGUUCAAUUGCCGUGGCAGGAUCUGCUAUCAAAUGGCUCAGAGAUCAGAUGAACUUGAUUGAAGAAUCGUCCGAUAUGGAUAUCCUCGCUGGAUCAGUGGCUGACACAGGUGGUGUCUACUUUGUGACUGCUUUCAGUGGUCUGCUUGCACCAUACUGGGAUAGAGAAGCUUCGGGAACAAUCAUCGGUUUGACCUCGUACACCACUUCAGCCCAUAUCGCCAGAGCGACAUUGGAAGCUGUAUGUUUCCAGACUAGAGCUGUAUUGGAUGUCAUCGAAAAAGAAAGUCAAACUACUUUGGAAACCCUGAAAGUUGAUGGUGGUGUUACCAAUUCGGAUUUGGCAAUGCAAUUACAAGCCAACAUUGGUGGUUUCAACGUCGCUCGACCAGCUAUGAGAGAAUCCACUGCCCUCGGUUCAGCAUUAUUAGCAGCCAACGCCUUAAAACUGUUCGGCUGGGACUUAUCUCGACCUGAGACACUCGCCGAUGUCAAUACUGCCGGUGUGCAUGUGUUCGAACCUGAGCUAGAGGAGAAAGAUCGAAAGAAAGCUAUCAAGGGAUGGGAGAGGGCUGUGAGCCGAGCGAGCAAGUGGCACGAGGAAGGUGAUGAGGAAGAGGAAGAGGAGAGGUAUGAAGAGCAAAGAGGAUUGAGUAGAUUGCCUUCUAGACAACAUUAG